UGCAGCUUUCGACCCAGUUUCAUUGAGAGCAUCUCGGCUGGACGAACAGCAUUUCAAUCAACCCCGUGAUUUGCUCGGCGAGUCCCUUGCGACGGCCAUGUGCAAGGGUUCAAUGUAGAUGCUACAUGUUCCCGUCCCCAAUGCCGCAGAAUCUACACGUUUCCUUCUCUUCUUGCCCCCAUCCCGGUCUUGUCCCGUCCUUGCGAUCCACGUCCUCGUGUCUCCGUGGCUUUUGUGUGCCCCCGUGCUACCACGCCCCCCCCACAGAGUGACAGCGUUACAAUAGUCGCAGAAUCCAGACAUACUGGGGAUGAGACUGGUGUCUGUGUGACCAAGUUGGCCGCCUCCUUCUAUCCUACCUACCCAGUGACAUGGUACGCUACUCGAUACCAUCCAAUCCUCUCGCACAUUGCAGACGCCAGACUGCAGUCUCUCCUUGCCUUGACCUUGGCCUUGCCUCGGACCGUAGUAGCGAACCAAACUGCUAACCGACGGAUCUCAGAAACGACGACGCUGGCCAACCUAGACUCCUAUGUUUUUCUCUCUUGCGGAUCAAUCCCAUCCUUCUCACCAACUUGUCCCACCCAGCGUCAUGUUGGCGCAGCUGCCUCUGGCGCGUCGUCUUCAUCUCACGCUUCUUAGUAACACUCUGUAUCUUUCUUCCCUUGUCCUUCCUCUUGGUUCGGUGUCCAGCAGGCGCGAGCUCGUGUUGCUCCUUGGUUUCAUUUCCAAGGCUCAGGCAGCUACUACAUUAUCAUCUUGACCGCCGUUAGACUGUCCGGUACCCUCCCUCGCUGCUUAGUAUCCCUCCCUUCAGCCGUCCUGUUCCUCCUUGGUAAUACAGAAGUUCUGUGUCUAUCCCUUGAGGGCCUUUGAUUGUCCAACACCUCCGAUUCAUUGUUCUUCGGCCCCCCUUUUUGGUUUUCUCUUGCACCGUCUUCCUGACCGUUGUUAACGGCCAGCCACCCCGCGCAUCGAGACGGCAACCUUUGUUCCUUCGCCGUUGCUGACUCGCCGGCUAUAUUAGCCCGACCGAGAGGGGUCAUCCUCGCCGCCAUCCUACGCCUUCAACGUCGUUGAAGGCUGCCGCGGGGCAACUACGAAACACUCGGCGGUGACUCGCGCUUACUCGACAAACGCAUACUCUGAAGCAUGACAGAACAUUGAACGGGCGAUAUCUACAACUCAUUUGCCAACUCCCUGCACGAGAGGAGUGAUUGAUCGACCAAUUUGGGCCAUCCGCCAUGGAGUUUUUGCGCCGAGGUCGGUCCUCCUACGGGGAUGGGAUCGAGCAGCAGGCUUUGGCAGGACCAUCUACGCAGCCGGAAAUGGAAGAAGGAACACGACCACGAUCGAGACGCUUGCCAGGAACACGGCCUUCGCUCUCCUCCAGACGUCGUAUCGGUAACGGGAUGCAGAGACUUGAUGGCGAAGAAAGCGAUACCCCAAAAACUCCACGGUUCAGCCUGGGUCUCCCGACACUCCCAGGGACUCGCCUCAAUUUGCCACAUCUCACGAGAACAUGGACCAGCGGCUCUGACGGUCCAGAUUCACGGCCCAGCUCAAACCAGCAACACCUAAACCAAGUCGACGAAGUGUCACCCGAAUCAGCCAUUCCUCGAGCUGGAGGCCCACCAACUGCCCCAGUAACAAUACCGGCGCCCGUGGCCCGCAUAUCUCGGUCUGAAUCCACUGGUAGGACGAGGAGGUUCACCGGCCCAGAUCCGGCAGAGAUGCAUCUGGCGCAGAUGGCCCAAGAAGGGCGACGACGUAGACGGCGCGCAAACCGCCGUCAACAACCGGACAACGACGAGGGGCACCCGAAGCGGUUUCUCCUCUGCAUCCCCUGGCCAAAAUCACGGCGCAUGAGAUCGCAGAUUCUUCGGUGCCUCAUAUCGGGCUUUUUUCUCACCUUGCUUCUGGUGGUUUACCUAGCACUUUCCCUUACAAAAAACAUACGCAGUGGCGAGUUCACGGUGCUUUUGAUACUCAUCAUCUUGUUUGUCACCGUAUUCUUCUGCCAUGGCUUGAUUCGACUUUGCAUGCUUGUCAUACGGCCACGACCCGACGACGAGCCCAGGCCGCCGAUGCCUCAACUGCCCCCCGGUGGCUACGCUGUACCUCGGGAGCCUAUCCGAGUUGUGCUGGCGCGUGACGAAGAGGAACAAGGGGAGGUCAGCGAGGCGGUCCAGGCUAAGCCGCCUGCCUAUGGCCUCUGGCGAGAGAGCGUGAGGGUUGACCCCAACCGUAUAUACUGGCAGCGCAACCCGAACGCUGCGCUGUCGAACGCGGGGCAGUCUACCUCGGGAGAGAGCAACGGUGGACCUCGUCCGCCGUCGUAUGCUUCGGAAGACGGAGUUAGCUAUGUCGUAGACGCCCGACCUCGGUCGGUGGCACCAAUUGUGAUGGAGGCUCCAAUGCCGCCGCAUCCGUCCGAGAUCGGGCGCACGGGGGAACGUCGGAACCCGUGGUGAGUCGUAAACGACCCGAAAUUUUCCACACAGCAAGUGUGGGGGACUCGGCAUAUUGAUACGAGUGUACAAUCUUGGGCGGCGGCGUUUGUGCAGGUUGGUACAGAUACAGGCGCAAGGUAAUAUUUUGGCGCACAUAGGUGAUAGCACCGGUGUGGGUACGGGUUCAAAACAAACGAGGGGACUACUUAAAAGAGCAAUGCUGGGUCGGUGCGCUUCCGAUCUCAUCGUGGCUGUGGCAAUAUCGAUCUGGGAUUUGCAACAGCGCAAGACACAGUACACAAUGUAUGACAUAUCCGAUAAUCCCGGGCGGAUCAACGAAGAGGCAGGACAUGGGGAUGCCAC